GAACAUUAGAAGAAUUUCUUAGACAUACAGCGCAAGUGAAAGUGUGUUUCCUCAGGCAAAAUUUCCACCUGUAUCUAUAUAUAUAUAUCUUAUAGACAAAUGAAAAUGUAUUCCUCUGGAGAAAAGUGUGUAAUAAUUAGAAAUUUUAUAUUCCGUUGUACUGCCUGCAAUCCAGAAAACUUCUUCCUCCUACACGUAACACUUUGUUGUCAUCUAAAAUUGGACACAAACUAAGGAGGUUGCUGUUUGUAGGAGUAGCAAGACAUCGUGGAAAGGUGCGUUUGUGCUGUUAAGUUCAAAAGAAACCAUGAAAACCAUACAAAAUCGAUCAAAGUAUAUCUUCGCCAUUUGGAGACGUUCACUUUUUACACAAACUCUAAAUAAUACAGUGAACUUAUUAGAAGUGCCUGACGUUUGUGAGAGUGAAGAAUGGAAUUCAGCUGUACUGAGAAGUCGAGCAAUUUUGCAAAAAUACAGGGCAAAUCUUAGAAUUAUAAAUCCACCAAAUGUGAAACAAAUUGUAUCAGUGCAAAGUGUAAUCAAAAGACUGCAAGAAACUGCCUCUUGCAGUGAUCAUCUUAUCAGUACAUUCAAGUGCUUGUUUGAAAAUACAGAUGCAACUGUCAAAACCCUUCGUUGGCCAGGAUUAAUUACACUCAUGCUAUCUAAAGGUCUGGGAAAUCCUUUUCUGUCAGACAAUUUCGUCAGCAAAGCAUUAGAUGAUGUUGUUUGGUCAUCUCAAGUUACUCUCGCUGAAAUUAUCAACUUGCUUCAUUGUAGCAUCGUUUUUGAGAAAGAAAAUAAGCGAGUGUUAUCUUCAAAGAAAAUAAAGAAAUCUACAAUGCCAUCCGUUGAUGCUGACAUAGUAGCGAACAGGUACUUCACAUCUACAGUUCUCUACAAACUUUCAACUGUUAAAAAUUAUAAAGUGCUUCUUCUCUUAGCAAAUGUCUUAGAAUCAUUAGCUAUAAAUAGAAGUUCCAACAAUAACGAUUUCCAAGUAAUUCAUAAUAUUGGUGAAUGGGAAUACGAAGCAUUCCAUCCACGCGGUCUUCUUCUAGCAAGUGGAUGUCAAGCUACCCUAGAAUUAGCAGGAUAUGAUAACAAAAUUCAAGAGACAGCUUUUGAAUUUGGCCACUGUUUUGCUCUUGCCAUAAAAGCUAAUUCAGAUAUUCAACAAUACUGGAAGUACAAAACAUCACAGACAUCCUCUAUUGACAUAACCAGCUUCCCUAUAGUUCUUCAUCUGACAAAUAAUCCUGAAACAUUAGCAAGCAUCUACAACAGCAGGAAAGAUCUCGAUAACUUAAACAGUUCAGAGCUCAAUGAAAUAUUUACCUCUACCUCAAUUAUGGAUGAAGCAAAGGACCAGCUUGCAAGCUAUGUACAAAAAACAGUAAAUGUUUUAAAAUUAUUCAAAGAUUUGGGGAAUGAUGAAGUUAUUAAAUAUUUACUGAAGUUAAUUACAACAUUGAAUAUGAAAUAGGAUUUUUUUAAAUUCAAAUAUUAUGUCACCAGAAACAUUUUUUUUAAUUCAUAUUUGGUGCUAUAAAUUAAGCAGCAUAAUAGAAUUAAUAAAAUAUUUGUACAUUAUAAGCAUUAUAU